AUGCACAGCGGCGUGCCCCUGCCGGCCAUGUCCGUGCUGCCCCAGCUGCCGCCGGCGCCCGUGAUCUCCGACGAGGCGCUCCUCCACGAGCUCGACACGCUCGUGCAGCAGCAGCGCCAGAGCCAGCGCUUCGACGAGCCGCGCGGCGGCUCGCGCGAGGCGGACGUCGCGGCCAUGCCGCCGCCGCCCCAGCGCGCGGGGUCCGGCGAGCUGCUCAACUCCGGGAGCGGCGGGUCGCUGUCCAAGUACCUCGCGCCCGGCGACGGCGGCGGCGGCAUCCGGAAGCGGCUCGCGAGCCACCAGUCGAUCCACUCCGUCGGGUCCUUCGACAACGGCCAGAUGACGGAGAUCGGCGGCCACGGGCCGGACCGCCAGCGCGGGAAGCACGGCUCCGGCGGCGACCUGGCGGGCGCCGGCGGCGGCGGGUUUCGGGUCGCGCGGCGGACGAACUCGAAGUCGUCGCUGGCGUCGGACGACUGGGACCUCAACAUCGCGGACGUCGACUCGCUGAACCUCGACGACUGGCGAUGGUCCGAGUCGCAGAACGGGCCGGCGCUGUCGUCCUUCGGCGGCCGCCAGGGCGGCGACUUCCUCCGGAGCUCCGGCGGCGCGGGCGGCAUGGGCGGCGGCCGCACGCAUUCCGGGAACUCGCUCGGAGGUUUGGCGGACCUCCAGCAGGGCCUGCCGCUGACGGACCUGCCGCGGUCCCGGAGCGGCGAGGGCCUCCUGGCCCAGCCCAUGCUCAACGCGAACGACCCCCGCGUGUCCCGCGACUCGGUCGUCGGCGACGCGCCCGAGAACACGUCCGUCGUCGCCAAGAAUACACCCUCCUUCUUCGUCGAGAAGACGCCGUCCUUCGUCGCCGAGAAGACGCCGCCCUUCGUCGAGGGCGAGGUCCACGUCCUCGCGCGGUGCCGCUUCCAGGGCUGCGACCGGGGCGCGCUCGCGUGGCGCCAAGCCUUCUACUCGGUGGACCUCGUCGACGGCGCGCUGCGCGUCUUCCGCUCCGACGAGGACCGGCGCACGUGGCGGCGCCAGGGCGGCGAGAACCUCGCCAAGUGGGCGGCGGUCAUCGGCGGCGACCACGUCGUCGCGGACGUCGCGGCCGCGCCGCCGCCGAGCGCCGGCAAGCGCAACCGGAGAAGUCGCCGCGCGCCGACGCUCGAGGACGUGCCCGAGUCCGAGGAGGACGACGAGUCGCCCCUGGCCUCGUCCCUCGAGGACGCCGCGUCCCGCGAGGGCGACCUGCCCCUGCGGAACCGGCCCGCGCCGCGGUCCUGCGCGGACUGCGCCCGCGACGUCGACUACUGCUCCUUCGAGGUCUGGAAGCGCGCGGACGUCGGCGGCGACGGCUCCGGCGCGCCCCUCCUCAAGUUCGCCGCGGCGCCCGACGACCGCGACGACCUCGACGUCCUCCACGACGCCCUCGAGGCCAUCUCGCUCACGUCCGCGACGCACGUCAUCGAGCCCUGA